AUGCGCCUCGUCGCCCGCCUGCUGCUCUGCACCGUCACACUGGCCUGGACGGUGAACGCAAACGUUGAGAAGACAAUAUUCCUCGGCCCCCGCGCUGCAGCCCUCUCCAAUGCUCUCCCCAGCAUAGACACGCUCGCUUCAAGCGCCCUGUCGCCCGCCAGUUCCAUUCUGCCCACCCGCAUUCCCAUCGAGUUUCCCACCGAGUCAGCGCCACGCGGUCUCGAGUCCUGGUACCUUGUCCGCCGCCUCGACCACGGACGCAGGUACGAAGUCCGCGUUUGCUGGCCAGCAACACAACCAGCCGACUUCUGGCUUGAUACCUACACCCUCGCCCACGUGCUCGAUACACCCGACCUCAAGGCGUCACUCGUCCACUACAGUCAACAGAAUCAACUCGACGGCCACAAAGAUACUGGCGCGGCAGACUUCGAUGUUCACGAAUCGGCUCUGCUGCUACGUCUCCAGGCUGCAGCCUCCUACUAUUCGACUAAUCGCACACUGAUGCUCCAUCCGCCUCCGGUAGACGUGGAUAUCAUUCUCGAUCCCUUCCUACUGAACGUCUUCCCUCAGUCACUCGUCCCUGCCGCUAUAUACAUCACUUUGGUCGCCGUGUUUGCCUACCUCCUUUCUGGUUACAUAUACCGUUGGCUACUCUCUGUCGCCGCUGAGCAGCCCAGUAAACCGCAUACCGAUUGA